AUGUUUCGCCGAACCCGCUCUCGAACACAAGACAAAUCAUAUUCCGACGCACCGGAGAUGUCGAAGGCAUACAUUGGUAAACCGGCUCCCGAGUUCACCACGAAAGCGGUGGUUGACGGUGACUUUGUCGACGUGAGCCUUCACGACUUCAAGGGGAAAUAUGUGGUGCUUUUCUUCUAUCCUAUGGACUUCACGUUCGUCUGCCCAACGGAAAUCAUCGCCUUCUCCGACAAGGUCGGCGAGUUCAAGAACAUCAACACCGCUGUGCUAGCCUGCUCCACUGAUUCCGUAUUCUCGCAUCUGGCUUGGAUCAACACCCCACGGAAGCAUGGUGGAUUAGGAGAAAUGAAAAUCCCUGUUCUGGCCGACACAAAUCACCAGAUUUCUAAGGACUACGGCGUUUUGAAGGAGGAUGAAGGAAUCGCUUAUCGAGGACUUUUCAUUAUCGACCCGAAAGGAAUUCUACGACAAAUUACCAUCAAUGAUCUCCCGGUAGGCCGUUCAGUAGAGGAGACUCUCCGCCUUGUGCAGGCUUUCCAGUACACUGACAAACACGGCGAAGUCUGCCCCGCUGGAUGGACUCCAGGAAGUGACACAAUCAAACCGAAGGUGAAGGAAAGCCAAGAGUACUUCAGCAAGCACUGAAUAUGCAUGUCCCGGUAUAUAAUAUUGGUAGAUAGUUGUGAUAAAUUUGCAUGUUGUGCAUUUGUUCUACCUUCAAUAAAUGAUAUCCAUUUUA